AUGAAAGAGGAACAUAAGCCACUUUUGGACGCUUCUGGGGCGGAUCAGGCUAAGGAAGAUGCAACCGCCACCGCUAUCUUGAGAAGGAAGAAGAAGGAUAACAUGUUGUUGGUUGAUGAUGCGAUCAAUGAUGAUAAUUCUGUGAUCGCUAUCAAUUCGAAUACUAUGGAUAAGUUGGAAUUGUUCCGUGGUGAUACCGUUUUAGUUAAGGGGAAGAAGAGAAGAGAUACUGCUUUAAUUGUUUUGAUUGAUGAUGAAUUGGAUGAUGGAGCCUGUAGAGUGAACCGUGUGGUUAGAAACAACUUGCGGAUCCGUUUGGGUGACUUGGUUACUAUCCACCCUUGUCCUGACAUCAAGUAUGCUUCGAGGAUCUCCGUUCUACCGAUCGCAGACACGAUCGAGGGUCUUACAGGUAACCUGUUUGACGUUUUCUUGAAGCCUUACUUUGUGGAGGCUUAUAGACCAGUGAGAAAGGGUGACCACUUUGUUGUAAGAGGUGGUAUGAGACAAGUGGAGUUUAAAGUGGUCGACGUGGAACCGGAUGAGUAUGCAGUGGUGGCUCAGGAUACAAUCAUUCACUGGGAAGGUGAGCCAAUUAACAGAGAGGAUGAGGAGAACAAUAUGAACGAUGUUGGUUAUGACGAUAUCGGUGGUUGUCGUAAGCAAAUGGCGCAAAUUAGAGAAUUGGUUGAGUUGCCUUUGAGACAUCCACAACUUUUCAAAGCUAUUGGUAUCAAACCACCAAAGGGUGUUUUGAUGUACGGUCCACCUGGUACUGGUAAGACUUUGAUGGCCAGAGCUGUGGCCAAUGAAACAGGUGCUUUCUUCUUCUUGAUCAAUGGUCCUGAAGUUAUGUCUAAGAUGGCUGGUGAAUCCGAGUCUAAUUUGAGAAAGGCUUUCGAGGAAGCUGAGAAGAACGCUCCUGCUAUCAUCUUCAUCGAUGAAAUCGACUCUAUUGCUCCAAAGAGAGAUAAGACUAACGGUGAAGUCGAAAGAAGAGUGGUAUCUCAAUUGCUAACGUUGAUGGAUGGUAUGAAGGCAAGAUCCAAUGUGGUCGUCAUCGCUGCUACCAACAGGCCAAAUUCUAUCGACCCAGCUUUGAGAAGAUUUGGUAGAUUCGACCGUGAAGUUGAUAUCGGUAUUCCAGAUGCUACUGGUAGACUGGAAGUUUUGCGUAUCCACACAAAGAAUAUGAAACUGGCCGAAGAUGUUGACUUGGAAUCUCUUGCAUCUGAGACCCACGGUUACGUUGGUGCCGAUAUCGCAUCUCUAUGUUCUGAGGCAGCCAUGCAGCAGAUUCGUGAAAAGAUGGAUCUAAUCGACUUGGACGAAGACGAAAUCGAUGCCGAAAUCUUGGAUUCUUUGGGAGUUACAAUGGACAAUUUCAGAUUUGCUCUUGGUAACUCUAACCCAUCUGCUCUACGUGAAACCGUUGUGGAGAGCGUCAACGUUACUUGGGAUGACAUUGGUGGUUUGGAUGAGAUUAAGGAAGAAUUGAAAGAAACUGUUGAAUACCCAGUCCUACAUCCAGAUCAAUACACAAAGUUUGGUUUGGCUCCAUCAAAGGGUGUCCUCUUCUAUGGUCCUCCAGGUACCGGUAAGACAUUAUUGGCCAAGGCUGUGGCCACUGAAGUUUCCGCCAACUUUAUUUCAGUUAAGGGUCCUGAAUUACUGAGUAUGUGGUACGGUGAAUCAGAGUCUAACAUUCGUGAUAUCUUUGACAAGGCCAGAGCAGCUGCUCCAACCGUUGUGUUCUUGGAUGAAUUGGAUUCUAUUGCUAAGGCUAGAGGUGGUUCUGUUGGUGAUGCAGGUGGUGCUUCUGACAGAGUUGUUAACCAGUUGUUGACAGAGAUGGAUGGUAUGAAUGCGAAGAAGAACGUUUUUGUCAUUGGUGCUACCAACAGACCAGAUCAAAUUGACCCAGCUAUUUUAAGACCAGGUAGAUUGGAUCAAUUGAUCUACGUCCCACUACCUGACGAAAUGGCAAGAUUAUCCAUCAUGAAGGCCCAACUAAGGAAAGCUCCAUUAGAGCCAGGUCUAGAUCUAAAUGCAAUCUCUAAGGCUACCCAAGGCUUUUCUGGUGCCGAUUUGUCUUACAUCGUCCAAAGAGCUGCCAAGUUUGCCAUCAAGGAUUCUAUUGAAGCUCAAAGACAGCUAGAGGCAAAGAAGGCUGUCAAGAAUGAGGAGGAUGUCGAAAUGGAUGGAGAAACCAAGCAAGACUCUAAAGAGGAAGAACAAGAAGAAGACCUUGUUCCAUACAUAACUAAGGAACACUUCGCUGAAGCUAUGAAGACCGCUAAGCGUUCUGUAUCUGAUGCCGAACUACGUCGUUACGAAGCUUACUCACAACAGAUGAAGGCUUCGAGAGGUCAAUUCUCGAACUUUAGUUUCAACGACGCCGCAUUAGGUGUUAAUGGCGCUGCUAAUGGCCCAGGUGCUGGUAACAGUGGAGCUCCUAGCGGAGCCGGCGCUGCUUUCGGUGGUGACGCUGAAGAAGAUGAUGAUUUGUACAGUUAG